UAAUCAAACAGAUAUUGUUGUAGUAGACAAUGCUACUAAUACUAUUGGUAUUCUUCUUGGAAAUGGUAAUGGGUCUUUUCAAGAUCAAAUAACUUAUUCUACUGGUUAUGGUUCUCUUCCAAUUGCAUUAGUGGUUGGUGAUUUCAACAAAGAUAAUCAACUAGACAUUGUUGUGGCUAAUUAUGGUACUGACAAUAUUGGUAUUUUUUUUGGAUAUGAUAAUGGAACAUUUACAGGUCAAAAAACUUAUACAACUACUCUGAACUCGAAGCCAUCUUCUAUCGCUGUUAGAGAUUUAAAUAAUGAUUAUUAUCUUGAUAUUAUAGUCACAAAUUAUGCUACUGGCAAAGAUUGGAAUAUUUCUUGGCCAUGA